UGUCAACCCUGGCAAACCCUUGCCUGCUCCAUGCAGAGCCAGUCAGGUAUUCCUGGAUCACCCUCUCUGAUUCAGGAAGGCUUUUAGAACUGUCACUGCUGACCACCCAUGGAAUUAGGAAGAUGGCUCACCAGCAGAGCAGAAAAGCAGAUCGCUUGUUGGCAGCAGGGAAAUAUGAAGAAGCAAUUUCUUGUCACAAGAAAGCUGCUGCGUACCUCACGGACGCCAUGAAGCUGACCCGGUCGGAGCAGGCUCAGCUGUCACUGGAAUUACAAAGGGAUAGUCACAUGAAACAGUUACUGCUCAUCCAGGAGAGGUGGAAAAGGGCAAAGAGGGAGGAAAAGCUGAAGGCCCAGCAGAAUGCUGACAAGGAAACAGCCACACACCUUCAGACUUCUUAUAAGCCAUCUGCUGAAGACUCUGAUGAUCAAAACAUACUGGUUCCUGUUACUCAGAAAUACAGCCCUUCCACAGAAAAACAUUCGCAGGAUAUUCAGGGUGUCUUUGACAGGGACCCGGAUACACUGUUAUUUCUGCUUCAGAAAAAAAAGGAGCCGGUGGAAGCAUGUAUUGGGAGUAAAGCUCCAAAAGAUGACAAAACAAUAAUAGAAGAGCAGGCAACCAAAAUUGCAGAUUUGAAACGGCACAUAGAAUUUCUUGUAGCUGAAAAUGAGAGAUUAAGGAGAGAGAAUAAGCAGCUAAAAGCAGAAAGAGCUAGACUCCAAAAAUCUCCAGUAGACAAGGAGCUGGAUGUAGAUGCUGAUUUUGUAGAGAAGUCAGAGUUGUGGGGUCUGCAGCAACACUCAGAAAGUACUUCUUCAGCUGCAACUUGGCAGAAGUUCGCAACAACUGCUGGGAAGGCAAAGGACAUUCCAAUACCCAACCUUCCCCCCCUGGACAUCCCAUCCCCUGAACUCCCACUGCUGGAACUCUCCGAAGAUAUACUGAAAGGACUGAUGAAUAGUUAAAACCCAGGAAAAGUGCUCAGUAUAGUUACCCAUACUUAAGAAAAGGGAAAGCCACCAGGACAGUGGUGAUCUGAGGGCAGAAACAUCUACCACAAUCCUACUGUUGGAGAAAAGGCAUUAAGCAACUCUGUUACUGUGAAAUACACAUCAUAUCUGAUCUACUUCAUGAGAGUUAAAGGUACCAUAGUUGGUAUAAGGUGGUGAGCUCUUUAGUCUUUUUCCCAACGUUUCAAACCAAACGACUGCCUGGAGAAUGUUUCAAGUAACACAAUCCUUCAGGGUUUUUAAGUAUGCUAUAUGUAAUAGUUAUCUAUAAUGCCAUAAAUGAUGGUGCAGAACCUAACUGUUAUGGUUGCCAGUCGGCUGCCACUUCAUGUUGAAAAAUGCUUUCUAGCAUGAAUUUAAACUGUGCAUUUCAUUAUGCAUAACUUUGUUAAUUCAGAUACAGUGCAAUUUAUACACCUCCUAGAUGGAUUUAUGUGCCACACUCAGUACUCCUGACCAUGUUAACCUCAAGUCAGGAGAGAUUUUAAUUUCCAUUCUAUGAAGGAACCAACUUAUUAGUUCUGUUGACGAGGUUUUUUUUGGGGGGGUUAUCUGUUUACAUAACUAAUCAGGGUGCAUUGAAUCUAGCUAUUGGUUUCUGUAUAAAGUGACAUGGUUUAAAAAAAGAAAAACCUAUACUUAAGGAAAAAUACCCUUUUUGUUUUCAGUGAUGCAUGAAUGGAAGUAAUUCUAGCUGGCAGUAUUUGAUUGAAACAGAAAUUGUUUACAGCUUAACCUGAUUCAAAAAGGAUAGGAAAAUAAAAACCAAGGUGUUUUGACACUAAA